UAGUAAUUUUCUCUCAUCAGGACCAGUUGCGACUAGACUAGAGAGCGAGAAAGGCGAAACACGGCAAAAACCAGUAAUCCGCUUGGUUGAAUCUCACGCAUACACUGGCGCUUGCUGACUGGAAUACACGCUUACACUGGGAAUAUCCGCGUAUUGUGUUGCUUGUUCUAGAUUCAAACCGCAGAUAAAAUAUAUAAACUUAUUUUUAAAGUGUAUGUUUUCAUGUUAGACUAUAUGCGGCCAAUGGGUUUUUCCGUCGUCAUCUUUUAAAUAGACUACAGUGCUUUUUCUUUGCUUAUAUACUUUGAGUCGUGGUAUGCAACUGAAAUAAGGAGAUAUACGGCUACUCCAUACUUACAAGACUUUGAAGCAAAGCAGUAGCUCUGCAGUGCAGUCCGUUUGGCCAAGGAGCAAAGUAGCUGCAUUGGCUUCGUUGAGUGGGCUAGUUCAGCUGUGUUGGUUAGGCUAUUUGUCCAACCAAGUGAAGACUGCGCGCGACAUGCGGGCUUUGGAAUCAAGCAUCAGAGGGCUCUAACCUAUGAAAAGGAGCCGACACCACGAAAACAUGAUGGGAUCCCUGAUGCGAGAUAGAUGGCUCAUGAUCCCAUUGUUGAUGCAGGGCUGGCUGCUAGCGUCUCCAAUCAGUGUUCGUGAGCGCCCCUGUCCUCAAAGCUGUAGAUGUGAUGGGAAAAUAGUAUACUGUGAAUCCAAUGCCUUUCGGGACGUGCCAAACAAUGUGUCUGUGGGAUGCCAGGGCCUCUCUUUGCGCUACAACAGCUUAGUGAAUCUCAGCGCUAGUCAGUUCUCAGGCCUCAGUCAGCUUGUUUGGCUUUAUCUUGACCACAACUACAUUAACUCAGUGGACAGCCAAGCCUUUCAUGGGGUACGGAGGCUGAAAGAGUUGAUCCUCAGCUCUAACAAGAUCACACAGCUACAAAACAACACUUUCCAUACUGUCCCUAACUUACGCAAUCUUGACCUCUCUUACAACAAGCUGCAAGCCCUCCAGCCCAGUCAAUUUCUGGGCUUGCGGAAGUUGCUUAGUCUCCACUUGCGGUCCAAUUCUCUGAAAACUGUCCCAAUGCGGGUUUUUCAGGAUUUGCGGAAUUUGGAGUUUCUCGAUCUUGGCUAUAAUCGAUUGCGAAGCCUCACUCGAAAUGCCUUUGCUGGGCUUCUUAAGCUGAUCGAACUUCAUUUGGAACACAACCAGUUCUCCAAGAUCAACUUCUCUCACUUUCCCCGCCUCACCAACCUGCGGGCACUCUAUUUGCAAUGGAACCGAAUUAAGUCAAUAAGUCAGGGUCUAACCUGGACAUGGACGUCCUUGCAAAAGCUGGACCUUUCUGGUAACGAACUGCAAAUUGUGGAUUCCAGUACGUAUCAAUGUCUCCCCAACCUACAGACCCUGAACUUGGACUCCAACAAGCUUAGCAACAUGUCCCAGGAGACAGUGGAUGCCUGGAUCUCCCUGACCACCAUCAGCCUAGCUGGUAAUGUGUGGUACUGUAGCCCCAGCAUCUGCCCCUUAGUGGCCUGGCUGAAAAACUUCAAGGGGAACAAGGAGACCAUUAUGAUUUGUGCUGGGCCUAAGGAGGCCCAGGGAGAAAAAGUGAUCGAUGCAGUUGAAACAUUUAGUAUCUGUAAGGUCACUCCCACCACCCCUUUUGUCUCAACCACAGCCUCCCUCAACACCCCAUCUCAGUCUGAGCUCCUGCCCCUUCCCACUUUGUCCAGGGUUGAUGAGGAGUUGACCCGCAGUGGUACGGCCAUCCCAUCCCCUUCUGGGGCUUCCCCUACCACCCCAGAGCAGGAUUUUGAGUUUGUAUCCUUCCAUAAGAUUAUUGCUGGCUGUGUGGCACUUUUCCUGUCGGUGACUAUAAUUCUCCUGGUUAUUUAUGUGUCCUGGAAGCGCUAUCCCAGCAGCAUUAAGCAACUCCAGCAGCGCUCCAUGGUCAAAAUGCAGCAGAAAAAGGUGCAGGAAACAGAACGCACCCUCAGCUUGCCUCUGCAAGAGUAUUAUGUGGACUACAAACCUGCAAACUCUGAAACUAUGGAGGUGCUCGUUAAUGGGACUGGACCCUACACAUACACAAUCUCAGGAUCCAGAGAAUGUGAGGUAUGAUGCGUCACCCUCCUAAAAUCCAUUUCCACUGCGAGGCACGAGAGGUACCACAGCAGUUGAGUGCCCUGACGUUGUACAGGUAUGAACAGCCCAUAGUGGACUAGUGCCAGGCCCGUGGGGCGCUGCACCUCAACAUGGGCUUUGAGCCCCCCUCCCAGCCACAGGGCUGUCUGAGGCCACCGGGUUGCAGGACAGGUCAUACUGCUGGUCUCUCCUCUGCGCCCACCGCCUCACUCACGCGCACGGACCCCCAGUCCCCCCAACAGUGACCUGUGCAGACGGGGAGACCAGACAAGCACUCCCCUCUCCAUCUGGGCUACUGAGCAUGGUGUUGCUACAGUACUGUAUACUGCUGCAGAUCGUGAGGGAGAACAGCUGCAAAUCUGUACUGAGGGAUAACAUUCUGACUGAAGAACCUGUUAUUCAUAGAGAGAAUUAAUUUAUACCUUCACUAAUAAAAAUGUAAAUAUUCAUUAAUGGAAAUUAGAGAGCACUGUUACAAGAUAGCAGAGCAUAUUUUACCCUUUGAUAUCCACAAUUACUGAAAAUAGUCCAAUACACUAUCACAUUCCUUCUGCUACUGAAAUGGUGUCCAGCAUCAUGAGGAGAAAUGGAAAUAAUUAUAUGAUUCAUUACUCUCAUUGAACUUAUUGACUCAGUUGCUCACAGUUUUGGAACCUUCCCUGUGUUAAGUAAGUAAUUAAAUAGAAAAAUGCAAUAAAUAUAACUGGGGAAACAGUAGGGUGAGCAAUGGAAUAGCAGAACAAAUUAAAAACUAACAGAGCUGAAAGGUUUUGUGCUGCUUUUUCAAAUAACACUGCCAGUCAGAGAUCUUAUGCGUUUUCAAGUCCCCGUAGAGAUUUCAUCUCAAUAAGUGAGUCACUCAAAUUAAAUUAUUCACAAGGAGAAGAGAAAACUUGGUAAGUAAUGGGCACACCGUUUUCAUGUCAAGUGUACAGCUGACAUUUCUUUGCCAGAAGUAUGUAUUUUAAUGGAGAUUUUUAUUAUGUUAGUGAUUUUUAUGUUCAUUAUAAUACAAUGCAAUUUUGUUUUAUUUAUUUAGUACAAGAUGAGAAGUAGAACAUCGAUGAGUAAAAGGAACAUUGUUUUCAUGUCAAGUGUAGGCUACAGCUGACAUAUUUUUUCAGAAAUGCAUUGUUUGUACAGUAUUGUGUUGAUAUUGUUUAUAUUCAUCAUGAUCAUCCAUUGCAUUUUCAUGAUUAAUGACAAUUUAUUUUAGUUUUAUGUUUUUAAAACAUGCCAAUCCUCAUUCUGAUUGUAAGAUCCUCUCUGUCUCUCACAUAUCAUGUGCACUUACUGAAAUGGAAACCUUUUAAUGUGACCUCAGAUCAUGGCAUUCACCAAGAGAUCAGCGGCGAACUCACUCACACUCUUUGAAAACAAAAGUGCUAUCUAGAACCUAAAAGGGUUCUUUGGCUGGUCCCAUAGGAGAACCCUUUGAAGAACCCU